AUAAAUUAAAAUUGUAUUGUUUCUUUUCAUUAGACCUUUUUUGGAAGGAAUAGGGGCAAACAGCAAGUCCUACCCCUAACCCUAACUUGGAACCUUCUUCCUUCAGAUUCAUCCGUACCGCUAGUUAUAUUACUGGAUUCGGGGCAGAUUGCUGUUACCGUGUUUCUCCGCUUUCAUUUAUAAGAUGCACUUCUGGUCAUCAUUUUACCAACAUGCAGGUUUUGAGUUGUUGGUUUUUGAAUAUAAAUGGACGCCAAACGGUUCAUCCAGCUGGUUGAGGAGAAGAAGAAGAAGAUUAUGGAGAGAAAGGAAGCUCCUCUGAAAUGGGAGCAGAAGCUGGAAGCUGCUGCUGAAACUAAAGAGAGGAAGCUGAAGGCUACAAAGCAUAAAAAAAGAUCUGGCUCUGAUAGUGACAGUGAUAAUGACAGUGAUGAUGAGAGUAGAAAGACAAGUAAAAGAUCUCACAGGAAGCACAGAAAGCAUUCUCACUAUGACUCUGGUGACCAUGAGAAAAGGAAAGAAAAAAGUUCCAAACGGAAAACAAAGAAAUCGUCCUCUGAGACUAGUGAUUAUGAUGACUUUGAGAGUAGCUCUGAGGAGGAGAGAAGAAAGAAGAAGCAAAGCAAGAAGCUGAGAGAUCGAGGUUCAAGAUCAGAUUCUAGCGACUCUGAUUCUAUUGCUGAUGAAUUAAGCAAGAGGAAAAGGCACCACAAACGGCAACGCCCAUCAAAAUUUAGUGGAUCAGACUACUCUACUGAAGAAGGAGAUAGUCUAGUUCGGAAAAGAAAUCAUGGAAAACAUAGCAAACGCCAUCGACGAUCAGAAUCUAGUGAAUCUGACUUGUCAAGUGAUGAAAGUGAUGAUGCUCCCCGUAAGAAAGGUCAUAGAAAGCACCAUAAACAUCACAAGCGAUCACAUAAUGUGGAGCUGAGGUCAUCUGAUUCUGAUUAUCAUCACAGUCAUGGUCAAAGAAGCAGAUCAAAGUCAUUGGAAGAAAAUUCUGAAGAUGAAAGCAAAAGAUCAAUGCAUAAGAAGUCUGAUCGCCACCACCAUCAUCGCCGCCACCACCAUCAUCAUCACAAACAUCGGCACCACCUGGAUGAUGAGAGAAAUCACAUGCAACAACACUCCCCUAAAUACAAUGGAAAGCAUGAUGAGAAGUUAGACAAAACUGAAACCGAUAAAAAGGAUGGUGGUCAUCAUGAAAGUAGAGCUAUGGUCGAGAAUAAUGAUGGUCAAAUUGUUUGAUUUUUGAGAAUGAAUCUGUUGUGGUGGUUCUGUACUGAUUGGCAGCUGACUAUCUGAUAUCCAAAUUAAAGUUAAAGGAACAAUUUCAUUAUUUAUGUCGGAUGUAAUAUUGUCGGCAGUUAUUGUCUAUGGAAACUUUGUUGGGUAAUUGUUGGCUGUGAACAUUAAUUUGAUCCUCAUUCAACUAUAAAACAGUUGCAUUUGAAGUUUACAAAAAGAAUACUCUUGAGGUUUUUUGUGGGA